AUGAACGAUAUGCGUGUCAACACGACUGCAGGUGGAAGAGACGGGUAUGCUUUUGUUACAGAUGCUAGCAAGAAUAGCUCGUUAUUGGCAGUGGAUCUCGAAAAUGGAAGUGCAGUACGCAGACUGUUCAACACGAGCGUUGUCCGGGCAGACGAGAACUAUGUUGGGUCAUAUGGCGGCGAGCUCAUAUACACUUGGAACGGCACUCAAAAGAGUCAUCUCACUACGGCCGCCGAUGGCAUCGCGUUGGCAUCUGGCAACUUCUACUGGGGCGUCCUGGCUUCCCGGCGCUUCUACUACAUCUCUCAGGAGAUUCUUGUCAACCAGAAUCUCACAGACGAAGAGGUCCUUGCUGCCGUGCAAGACCCGGGUCAAUGUGGUUCAGAACAAGCUGGCUUCACCGCUGACGACCGAGGCCGAGUGUAUAUCGCAGCGAGCGAACAGAACGCUAUAUACUAUGUCGACACACUAGAAAGUGAAACCAAUAUGACAGUCAAUGGUAACUUACCUGGGGGGUCCGGUCUUAUCCCACCAGAGGACUACGUGGUGAAGACGUUGGUGAGGAACGCGAUGAUUCAACAUGCCGAUUCCAUGGCCAUCUUGGACGGUUGGCUGUACUUUAACACAAAUCAGCUUACGUUGGGUCCUGGAUUCCAAUACAAUAAUACAGACAAGAGGAGAGGCCCAUUCCGUAGCUUUAGAUUAUGGAUCGGACGGGGACCAGCGGUGGCAUAG